AUGUCCACCUACAACUCAAUGUCGGGGCUGCCUACUGGCGCCUCCUCCAGCGAAGCGAUGGCGAUGAAUUUUGGAUCAGCCCAUUCUACGAGCAUGAGCAUGGACGUCUUUGACCAGGACGUUACUUUUGAUGAAUCGCUGCUCGAUGGGGCUGCACUGCAGACUCUGCCUUUCGGCAGUUCGUACGACUUGGAUGCCUUUUCCUCAACUUUUGAAGAUCCCUUCUCAUAUUCGACUCGGCAAUUCGAGCCUCCACAGAUUCAAGACGCCUUGCACGAAGAAUCCUCACCCCAAGAGCCCGAUAACAAGCUUCUUGGCUUCUCUGCUCCAAUGGCCAGCGCAACUAUUCUCAACGAGAACACCCAGCUUGUCGAAGUCGGCAUGACUGCUGAGCUUUACGGCAUGUUCUUCGUAGCCGAGGAUGUCUUUGGAGGAGAAUCAACGGGAAGGCCGCUAGAAUUGACCUGUUAUCGCCGUAACCUGUGGCAAUGCUCGGGCCAAAUUACGCUGCCUCGGGUGAUCAGGAACAUUGUGAAUGAGCAAGGACAGCACAUUCAAAUAUUUGAGCUGCUUGCUUCCAUCGCCGCCUUCGAGUCUAUUGAAGGAAAGCCAACUGAAAUUAUAUCCAUACCUUGGAAGAACGCCAACCCUCAGGGAGCCGAUGAUUCAAAAUCCGUUUCAGCACCACCAACCAUCACGUUGGAUAUCACAGCAGGUCAGGAGCUCGACGCGCAUCGCAUCUCUCUACCCAUAUCUUGGAAGCGCCUCCAGUUCAAGCAUGCCACUGCCAACAACGGCCGAAGAAAGGGUCUGCAGCAACACUAUGUGGUUAAGAUAAGCCUUCUUGGCAAGACCCAAACCGGCGAGCUUGUCAAGAUAGCAGACAUACAAUCCGGCCCGGUUAUUGUAAGGGGCCGAAGCCCGAGGAACUUUGACAGCAGGAAAGACGUUCCUCUAACGGGCGAUAAGAGGUUUGAGAGGAGAAGCACAUCGACAUCAAACGUUGACCACCCGACACUAAAACUGGAGCGGGAGAAUUCACAAAAUUUUACUCAACGGUAUCCUCCUGCAAGCAAUCUUCAGGCAAGUUCCGAUUUCGCAUAUCUCGAUCCACAACCAGCAGCAAGUCCCCACCCGGCAAAGAGGGUUGCCUUGUCGCCUACCAUGGGCAGGCCCCCGAUACCAGCCUGGUCCAGCGAUUCAAACAGCUCUGCCAAAGCAGCAAAUAUACAUAACAAAAACUCGAUUCCACGACAGAAUCCAUCUUUACCAAUUAACUUAUCGCUGUCCGAGGACGAGAGAAGUCCCAAUCGCUCCAGUGCCGAGCUGCAUAGUCCCAACUCUGGCAAGGGCUAUAGCACAUCGGGGGCGAACCGCGAAAACAGUCCUGCGGAUGAGGGCGCCGAUCCCUUGUACGAAUACUUUCCACUGACUGUGGAUGAUUGGAUGCCGCCUGUGGAUGCUGUGUAUCGACCACACGUGGUUCAUCACACGAUCAUGCCACCUGAGAUGAAGGCACAACAGCUCAAGAGCAAGGCCAAACGGUACUUUGCGUCAGACUGA